ACCAACAAAAACACGAUGGAAUCAAAGAAACUUCAGUUUCCGAGUCAACUUUCUCUUCUUCCUUUUUUGCUCUCUUUCAAACACACUAGUGGGAGCGAAAUCUCAACGAGCACAACAAGAAUCUCUUUGUACUUCGGCGGAUCGAUGAAAUUAAGUUGUAAUUUUGGAUGGUUUUAGGGUUUUGAGAGUUUUAAUUUUGGACGAGAGGUUUUAGUUGUGGGAGGGUUUCCGAGAUUGUAAAUAUGAUGGCUAGAGGUUUAUUUGGUUGGUCACCACCGCGGCAACAGCCUCUAACACCGGUAUCAGAGGUGUCGGAGCCACCGGAGUCCCCGUCUCCAUACAUGGACCCAGGUAUCGAUGCGGUACCUCCGGAAGUUGAUGAUGUGAUGGAUGAGACGGAGGAGAUCGAGCCGCCUCCGGAAGCAGUGCCGUUUUCGAGGCUGUUUGCGUGUGCUGAUAGGCUUGAUUGGGUGCUUAUGGUAGUUGGAUCGGUUGCUGCGGCGGCACAUGGGACAGCACUUGUGGUUUAUUUGCAUUAUUUUGCUAAAAUUAUUCAGUUGCUGAGUCAUGCUGAUGAGAGUCCGGAUAUGCAGUUUCAUAGGUUCAAAGAGCUUGCUCUGACCCUUGUUUAUAUUGCUGGUGGUGUUUUUGCUGCUGGUUGGAUAGAGGUUUCAUGUUGGAUUCUUACUGGAGAAAGGCAGACUGCUGUUAUUAGGUCAAGAUAUGUCCAAGUACUUCUAAAUCAAGAUAUGAGUUUCUUCGACACCUAUGGGAACAAUGGAGACAUUGUGAGUCAAGUAUUGAGCGAUGUGUUGCUUAUCCAAUCUGCUCUCAGUGAAAAAGUUGGUAAUUAUAUUCAUAACAUGGCUACAUUCUUCAGUGGCCUUACAAUUGGAUUUAUCAACUGCUGGCAGAUUGCCCUCAUAACUUUAGCUACUGGUCCGUUUAUUGUUGCCGCAGGAGGAAUAUCAAAUAUAUUUCUCCACAGGCUUGCUGAGAGUAUUCAAGAUGCAUAUGCUGAAGCAGCUAGUGUUGCUGAACAGGCAAUUUUAUACAUUAGAACCUUGUAUGCUUACACAAAUGAAACAUUAGCAAAAUAUUCUUAUGCAGCCUCUCUACAAGCUACUUUGAGAUAUGGUAUAUUGAUAAGUCUUGUGCAAGGACUUGGGCUUGGGUUCACAUAUGGACUUGCAAUAUGCUCUUGUGCUUUGCAACUUUAUGUCGGAAGAUUCUUAGUUACACGCGGAAAAGCUCAUGGUGGAGAAAUUGUAACAGCUCUGUUUGCUGUAAUCUUAAGUGGCCUUGGGUUGAAUCAAGCAGCCACAAACUUCUAUUCAUUUGAGCAAGGAAGGAUUGCUGCAUAUAGACUUUAUGAGAUGAUAAGCCGUUCAUCAUCCACUGAGGAUCAUGAUGGAAACAUUCCUGAUUCUGUACAUGGUAACAUCGAGUUUCGAAAUGUGUAUUUCAGUUAUUUGUCUCGUCCUGAAAUCCCUAUUUUAAGUGGAUUUUACCUGACUGUUCCUGCCAAGAAAACUGUGGCACUUGUUGGAAGAAAUGGCUCUGGUAAAAGUAGCAUUAUACCACUUAUGGAACGGUUCUAUGAUCCGACAUUAGGGGAAGUUCUUUUGGAUGGAGAGAACAUAAAAAACCUGAAAUUAGAAUGGCUAAGGAGCCAAAUUGGUUUAGUCACUCAAGAACCUGCCUUGCUAAGCUUGAGUAUAAGGGAUAAUAUUGCCUAUGGCAGAGAUGCUACUCCACUUCAAAUAGAAGAUGCUGCUAAAACUGCUCAUGCACAUACAUUUAUUAGUUCGCUUGAGAAAGGAUACGAGACACAGGUAGGCAGGGCUGGUUUAUCUCUGACAGAAGAACAGAAAAUAAGACUUUCUGUUGCUAGAGCAGUGCUUUCCAGUCCAUCUAUCCUUCUUCUUGACGAGGUCACUGGUGGAUUGGACUUUGAAGCUGAAAGAUCUGUUCAGGAGGCUCUAGAUCUCUUGAUGUUAGGUCGUUCUACCAUCAUAAUCGCUCGGCGGCUUUCUUUGAUAAGGAAUGCUGAUUUCAUAGCUGUGAUGGAGGAAGGCCACCUAAUGGAGAUUGGGACACAUGAUGAACUGAUAGCAUCAGAUGGGCAUUACGCAGAGCUUCUAAGAUGUGAAGAAGCAGCUAAACUCCCAAGAAGGAUGCCUGUGAGAACCUACAACGAAAAUGCAACUUUCCAAAUUGAAAAAGAUUCUUCGGCAAGUCACAGCUACCAAGAACCAUCCUCUCCCAAAUUUGCCAAAUCACCAUCACUUCAGAGAGCUUCUAAUCUACAUGCGGCAAGAUCUCCGGAUUCUGCUUACAACUCGCAUGAAUCUCCAAGAAAUCCAAGCCCACCAGAAAAAAUGGUUGAAAAUGGUUCGCACUUGGAUGGAACAGACAAAGAACCGUCCAUAAGAAGGCAAGAUAGUUUUGAGAUGAGACUGCCAGAGUUGCCAAAGAUCGACGUCCAUUCUAUUCGACGUCAAACAUCCCAUGGCUCUGAUCCUGAAUCACCUGUUUCACCACUUUUGACAUCUGAUCCCAAUAAUGAGCGCUCACAUUCACAAACUUUUAGUCGGCCUAACUCUCAGUUUGGUGAUGAUCCAGUUAAAGUCAAAGCGGUGAAGGAAAAGCAACCUCGAAAAGAACCACCAAUGUGGAGGCUUGUAGAGCUGAGCUUUGCUGAAUGGCUUUAUGCUGUUCUGGGAAGCACUGGUGCUGCAAUCUUUGGUUCUUUUAACCCUCUUCUUGCCUAUGUGAUUGCAUUAAUUGUGACAGAAUAUUACAGAAAAGAGGCUGACAGACAUAUGCGGCAUGAAGUAGAUAAAUGGUGCUUAAUCAUUGCCUGUAUGGGUGUCGUGACUGUAAUAGCAAAUUUUUUGCAGCACUUUUACUUUGGUAUAAUGGGGGAGAAAAUGACCGAACGAGUUAGGAGACUGAUGUUUUCUGCAAUGCUCCGCAAUGAAGUCGGAUGGUUUGAUGAAGAAGAGAACAGUGCUGAUACCUUGUCCAUGCGAUUAGCAAAUGAUGCAACAUUUGUGAGAGCUGCUUUCAGCAACCGACUUUCUAUAUUCAUACAAGAUAGUACAGCCAUUGUUGUGGCACUAUUGAUAGGGAUGCUUCUACAGUGGCGUUUGGCCCUAGUGGCUUUGGCCACGCUGCCAGUUCUUACUGUUUCUGCCAUUGCUCAGAAGUUAUGGCUAGCUGGAUUCUCGAAGGGCAUACAGGAGAUGCACAGGAAAGCAUCGUUGGUCCUUGAGGAUGCUGUUAGAAAUAUCUACACUGUUGUGUCGUUCUGUGCCGGUAACAAAGUAAUGGAGCUUUACCGAUUGCAGUUACGCAAGAUAUUCACAAAGAGCUUCUUGCAUGGCAUGGGUAUCGGCUUUUUAUUUGGCUUUUCACAGUUCCUUCUUUUCGCCUGCAAUGCUCUUCUCCUCUGGUACACUGCACUCUCUGUUAAAAACGGAGACGUGGAUCUCUCCACUGCCAUAAAGGAGUACAUGGUCUUUUCUUUUGCUACUUUUGCUCUCGUGGAGCCUUUCGGUUUGGCUCCAUAUAUUCUCAAAAGACGGAAGAGUCUGAUAUCCGUAUUUGAAAUAAUCGAUCGAGUACCCAAGAUUGAUCCAGAUGAUAUCUCCGCUUUGAAGCCUCCAAAUGUUUACGGAAGUAUCGAGUUGAAACAUGUUGAUUUCUCUUAUCCAACUCGUCCGGAGAUUCUGGUACUGAGCAAUUUCAGUCUCAAAGUCAACGGUGGUCAAACGGUUGCUAUCGUGGGCGUUUCAGGAUCCGGAAAAAGCACAAUAAUCUCUUUGAUAGAGCGGUUUUACGAUCCGGUUGCUGGUCAGGUGAUUUUAGACGGUCGUGAUUUAAAGCAAUUUAACCUGAGAUGGUUACGGAAUCACAUGGGUGUUGUUCAACAAGAACCCAUCAUAUUUUCGACAACCAUAAGGGAAAACAUCAUAUACGCAAGGCACAAUGCAAGCGAGACGGAGAUCAAAGAGGCUGCGAGAAUAGCAAAUGCUCACCAUUUCAUCAGCAACUUGCCUCAUGGGUAUGACACACAUGUUGGAAUGAGGGGUGUGGACUUAACCCCGGGCCAGAAGCAGCGGAUCGCAAUUGCUAGAGUCGUGCUAAAGAAUGCACCCAUCUUGUUGUUGGAUGAGGCAAGCUCGUCGAUCGAGUCAGAAUCGAGCCGGGUGGUUCAGGAGGCACUUGAUACCCUAAUCAUGGGAAACAAAACCACCAUUCUUAUAGCCCAUAGAGCUGUUAUGAUGAGGCAUGUUGACAACAUCGUUGUUCUUAACGGAGGUCGAAUUGUGGAAGAAGGUGCCCAUGAUUCAUUAAUGUCGAAAAAUGGUCUGUAUGUUCGGUUGAUGCAACCGCACUUCGGAAAGGGUAUACGUCAACAUAGGCAUAUUUAGUAAAUUCGUGACGACCAAUUCCACGACUCCGAGACCGGCUCGAGGUGAGAAGUAGGUUUGUAGAUUGGUGCUGCAUAUUCUUUUGGAGGCAAAGCAGUGAAUGUAAUGCCUUCAUGACAUAUUGUUUUGUUGAUUGUAGAACUUUUAUUUUUUAUUUUUAUUUUUGGUUUUGUGUUUGUUUUUGGUGACAUUUUGUAGAUUUGUAUAUGUUUUUUAGUUGUGUGCAAUGAGGCUAAAAAGGAGAAAGCAAAGGUAUUUAUUGUAUAUAAAGAGACUUUGAAGAA